AUGGGUGCCAGUAACUUAAAAAUUAAACCAGAGGAACAUCAUUUCUGGGCUGUUUCCAUCGAUAGAAUGUUUCAAAAUGAACAAGAGGAGCGAACAAAGACGCAUUGCUUAGUCAUGAGAAUUGGAAAUGAAAACUUGAAAGAAUCAAAUGACAACAGCCAUGGAUAUGAAAAUCUUCGAAAAAUGUAA